GAGAACGUUGAUAUCUAUGGUUUAUCCGUUGAGCUUAUCAUUUAUCAGAAUUAACUGGCGAAUAAUUACUUUAAACAGACAUUUCAAUGUUUUCAAUUAAUUUAAUAAUUUUAUAUCUAUUGUAACAAUUAUUUCAUUUUAAGCUACACUUAAAUCAAAGAUUUAAAUAAAUAUUUAUUUAUUUUUUAAAAAUUUAAUUUUUAAAAUGUCUUCUAAGGAUACUUCAACUCUAAAUUUUAGAAAAGUCGAAAAUGAAAGUAAUGAAAAUCUUGGCAAUAAUUGUUUUGAUAAGAUGAUAGAUUUAUGCAGAACUAUAAAUUCGUUUCCAUUAAUAUACAUUGAAGAUAUGGUUGAUAUGUAUAAUAAAUGUAUUCAAAAGAAUUCUUUGAAAUUAAAUGAAUUAAUUGAUGAAGGCUUAAAAAAUAUUACUCCUAGUAAUAAAAAGUCAUUUCAGUAUGCUGCAAAUGUUUAUAAUGAAUUAUUACAGUUGACCAAAAAUAUUUCUACAAAUUUAGAAUCCAAUAGUUGCAUUGCCAGUUCAUCAAAAGGUAACUCUAGUUUAGCAAUAGAUAAUAAUACUGAAAAAAAAAAAGAAAAUUGUUCCAUUAGCCUCAACUUAUUUAAUGAUCUAAUUGAAAAAUGUACUCAAAAUUUUAAUUUUCCUAAGUCAAAUAUUAAAUUAAUAGAUCAAUUAUACAAAUCAUUGCCAUCAGAAUUUACCGAAUCUAAAAUGUUUAUUAGUUUGUUAACGGAAACAAAUCAAAAAGUUUGGCCUGACAGUGGACAUAGUUCAUAUGUGUAUGUUCAGCAUAUUUAUGAACAGCUGCAACAAUUUAAAACUUCUGAAAUGUAUCAAGAAAAAAAUGUAAAAUGUGACCAUGAAACCAUUGCAAAAGUAAAUAGAAACAUGAAAAAGCUGAAGAAAGCAUUUAAGAUAGUUAGAAAAAAGAUAAAAAUGUUGAAUGAAAAGGAAAUGAAUGUAAGCGAUGAUGAUGAUUUUGAUGUUGGAUCUGCUUACAUUUUAAGAGAUAAGUAUGAAAAGAAAGCUGUUGAAAUAUAUAAAAAAAUGUGUAAACUUAAAGAAGAGCCAAAUUUUCUUGAAAAUCCACCAAUACGUUUCAAAUCAACUAAGAACGUUUUGGUUAACAAAACAAUUGAGAAAUAUUAUAAUAUAAAUAAAUCAUUCCCAGAUUACUUUGAAGUAUACACUUUGUUAAAAACGCUCAAUGAAAAAAAAAAAUUAAAUUGGAGUGAAAAGGAGCUUAGUAGUAUUUCUCAAGAUGCAUUUCUUAAGCUCGGAAAGCAGUUAAAAGUGUUGAGACUUAAUGAUUAUUUCAGCAGUUUAUCUGAUAUGAUAACUGAUAAAGAUCCAGCAGAAGAGAAUGAAGAAUUGAAAAAAAAACUUGAAGAAAGUAAUAAAAAACUUAAUGAAGACUUGAAUAAAUUGACAAAAGAAUUUGAGUGUAAACAAGAAGAACAGGAGGAAACUGAAGGUUCAAGUCUUAAUAACACAGAAUGUGAAUGUAGUAGUAAUGAUGAAUUUGAUCAUAAAAAAAUAAAAAAUAAUGUAUUAAGAGAGAAACCUAAAAUGAUUUCAACUAGAAGAAAACAAUCUCCUAAUUUCAAUAGUGAUAAUAAUCUAGACUCAACAAAUAUAAAGUCUGAAAAUAAUUUAUCUGUAGAUUUUAAACCCUGUACAGUACAGUUAACUCCAUUGAACAAAAUUAAAAUUAAUUCAAAUAAUGGUACAAAUAAUGAACCAAAGCAUGUAACUGAAAACUUAAACGAUGUUAACAAAAUAUUUGAUGAAAAAUUAGUUGAAAACUGUACUAACAAAGAAAAUAAUUUUACUUGUAAGAUUGACUUAGACACACAAGAAGAAUGUCAAAGUAUUAAUAAUGUAAAAAUAAAUGAUACUGAUAAACUUAAAAUUAAUGAGGUUCAUACUAAUAAAAAUAAUAAUAUAUUACAAGCUGACUCUGAAGUCUUACAAAAAAAAAUUAAUACUGAUAAGUUGAUAGAAAUGAUUGAACAUGAUGAUUCUGAAUCUGAUAUAGAAAUAACUAUGUGUAGUGUUAAUGAUAAUGGAAAUUUAAGGAAGCGACUGAAAUUUCAAAAUGACCCCAAGAUAAAUUCAAAUAUACAAAAGAUUAAUAGAAAAAUACAUAAUAACUCAGCUGUUUCGACACCUAAAACAUCGAAAUUUCCACAAUAUUUUCAAAAUUCUAGUAACAACUACCAAUGUCCAUCAAAUAUGAAUCAAAAUUACGGUAUUACUUUCAAUCAACAACGACAAGAAAGUUCUAUCUCGGCGCUAUCAAAUUCUGUACUAACUAAGUAUUAUACACCAUCAACAUCAAUUUCACCAAAUCACUCCAGAGCCGUACGCACCAACAUGCAACAAAGACAAAUAACUUCAAAUAUUGUUCAACAACAUAAAGGGUAUAAUAGAGUAACAAAAAUGACAACAACUACUACUACAGUUGUAGAACAAUCGGCACAGCAUAUUAAUUGUUACAGAAAUUCAAUUUCUUCACAGAAUUCUCGGCGAAUCAUACCACAGACUAAUCGGUCUCCUGAGUUAAUAGAAUUAGAUUAAUAGUUAUAAUAUAUUGUUUACGCUAUAAUACUAACAUUUUUUUAUAUUUUCGUAAAAUAUUCAACAUUAUCGUUUUAAUUUAUUUUUUAUAUUAUUGUUUUCAUUUAAAAUUGAAGUAAUAUAAAAUUUACUAUUGUAA